AUGGCUCUAAAUAAUAACCAUACCAGUGGUGUGCCUGAAUGGGUUGGCAAUGUCGACUUGAAUAAUAUGGGAUUAGAUCAACAGUUCUAUUACUUGAUUAGAUCUAAUUUCUCUGAACUUGAAAUUACCACAACAGUUUCAAUCUUUUAUAUUUUCUUUUUAUAUACAAUUCUAAGUUUACCAUGGUAUUUUAUUAAAGUGUUUAAACCAUCCUUCCUAUACAAGUAUAAACUUCAACAAAAAGAAGAAGAAAAACAAACAGAUUGGGGUUGCAUUUUACAAUUGGUUAUUAACCAUUUACUCAUUCUUCCAAUGUUAUAUAUGGGUUAUCCAGUUCUCAAGUGGGUCGGAGUUAGUUAUGAUUUGGCUCUUCCAUCUUGGUGGGAUAUGUUGGCACGUUCAAUGAUUUUCCUUGUAGUUGAAGAUGCUUGGUUUUAUUGGGUCCAUCGUUUUAUGCACACUGAUUUUGGUUACAAUUAUAUUCACAAAAUACAUCACGAAUAUCAAACACCAAUAGGAUAUUGUUCAUCUUAUGCCAGUUGUGUUGAAUUUAUAAUUUUAGGUAUUGGAUCAUUCAUUGGACCAUUCCUCUUUGGCUGUCCACAUAUUAUGUCAUGGUGGGUUUGGAUGACUGUUCGUCAAAUUGAAGCUAUUGAUUGUCACACUGGUUUCCAUUUCCCUUGGAGUUUGUGUAAUUUCCUUCCUUUCUAUUGUGGACCUAUUCACCACGACCAUCAUCACAAAACUUAUAAUGGAAACUAUGCUAGUACUUUCACAUGGUGGGAUUGGAUGUGCGGAACUGAUAAGGGCUAUCGUCUCUGGUUGGAAAAGCAAAAGAAGAAACAAGAAAAGAAGGUUGAAUAA